CCACGGAUUCCAUUUUGGAUUUAGACCAAAUUUUUAACACCAAACUGUCACCGAAUACCUGGCAGAAUGUCUGUACUCCUAGUGCCAAAAAAAAAGGGUGACGCCAUCGGCACGGAAUAACUUUCUAAUUACAUCCCGUCCCGUCGGAAACCAUCUGUUAAUUCCUAAUUGCCGCAAUGCUCCAACAAAUUGGACCAGCGGUCAAUAUUUAUGGAAAAAUGUCAACACUAUCUACACGUCGUCGCGACGCAAUCCGGUCAGGUUCAAACCGCGCUUUGGCGGUUCACGAAGGUCAAGCGGACCGCGCACUAUGUAGAACUCGACCCGUCGAUUGGCGUCCACGGGAGGAAUCCACGAGUCGUCCGUACCCGUCGUCGACGUCGUGCAUGACGCAUCCGAAGGCUUUGAUGGUGUUUGCGUUUUCGUUUAUUUUUAAAACCUCACGACGAAUUCGCUUCACUUUGCUCUCGCCAAACGCCCUAACCAAUCAAACUCCUCCCGUCAAUGGUCGCCGUCGGUCGCCGUAAAGCGGUCGAGCAAAGUUCAAAGUAUCACAAAACAGCCAGCCUCACACAAACACAUCAACGAAACAGCUCGAGUUUGAGGCAGUGCACUCUGCAGUGGGGAGAUGCAUCUUGGUAUCGGGGCAGCAGCAGACGUUGCCGGGGAUGCACCGAGAUUUAUGAACACAACAAAUUUGUACGAUAUUGCGUUGCGUGACAUGCGAUAAUUUUGGCUCUAGCCACCUCUAGCGCAUUACAAAUCGUCUUACAAGACGUGCAGCGUGUGCAGCACCGAUCGCCGAAGAGUUAUCGCCUGUUGGGCUCGCGUUGCGCUGCGCUGCGCUACGCUGCGAGAGAUUAAGCGAACAAUGUCAACAUCGUGCCCAGCGGUGAUCGGUGCUCGGCGUAAAUUUGUUUGUUUUCGUCCUGUCCUGUCCCUCGUGGUCCCCCAGGAACGAUGCACAUUCUUGUGGAAGUGACGCCAGUGUUCCCAUUUUAGGGCGAGGGGGAAAAGCAAAAAGGAAAGUGUCCUCCUUUGGCAAACAGAUUGCAUUCUAAGCAACAGAUCAACAUAAACCACCUCCCCCCAAGUUUGAUGGUUAAUGUCGCUGCAGACAUCGCAGCUAUCUAUACCUGACUGUGAGGUGUCGCGCGAUUUGCGCCGAUCGUUACCUCUCAUCUACCUGUGCGCGGGGAAAGAUCUAUUUAAAAAAGCACAACGAUCACCAUCAAUUGUUUACAACCGUACAUCGAUCGAUCACCGCUAAUAGGUGUCGUCGAUCGAUCUCGAUCAACGAAUGGGCACCGAUCAGUGAUCGAUUCGCACUUCGCGUGCCGCGAACACGGCAAUUAGUGCAUUAGUCGGGCAUUAGUGUGGGCAAAGGCUCCCCUCAGCAUCGUCAGUCUAGCAUCGCUACUACGAUCGCGCAGUACGCGAUCGCGUAAAGUACUCGUACAGUACUACCCCACCGACCCCUAUUUUUGUGUCAAAAUCCGUUCCGUUCUGGAAGGGCCGGCCUCCUGGCUGGCGAGGCUCCGGGAUAAGGGAUUAGAAUAUGGUACCGCGCUGUUCCAUACCGUGAUCGUGACAGUUUGAUAGCGGAAAAUUUGCUCAUCAAUUAGCCCUACAACACACACACACACACGAUUCCGAGUGCCGUGAUUGUGUAAUCCGCCCGCCCGUUGACCGCGAUCGUUGCGUAAUUGACGCAGCAGCGAAAAGGGAAGUGAAAAUUGCGUUUUCCGCCAGUGUGCUGUACGCGUGUGUAUGUGUGUUUUGGGGGUGGUGGUGCAGAGGUCCUUGUGCGCGUGUGUGUAUGUGCUGCGUGUAAUCGAUCGAUCCGCCAACGGACGUGAUCAUCAUGGGUGGUAUGCUCUCGGUGCUGGUGGCCAGCGUUGGCGCGAUGGAUCUCAUCUACUGUCUGGCGUACGUUUCCUCCAAUCAGCCGGCCAUAACGGAUGGUGGUGAUGGCGGGGAGAAGAACGCAGACGGUGAUCAACAGCAACAGUCGCAGCAACAGGGCACUAAAGGAGCGAAGGAUGAUGGUCUCGAGCGGUACCGGCAAUCGGUGCAGGAACAGCUCGACACGGCACGGCGCACCGGCGACGACGGAGUGACGUACGCGCAAGACGGUGUCCCGUACCGGGAUGGUUAUCGAGUGGAGCAGUUCGACGAUCAACGGCUCGAUGCGCUAGGCGUGAAGAUACGCGAACUGGAACGCCGUAGCCAGGAGAAGGAGCAACGACUGGAGCAGUUGAACGUGCAGCUGCACGAACUGGAACGAAAAUCGGUAGAACGGGAGCAGUUGCUGAUCGCGGAGGUACAACGAUCACGCUCGGUGAGCCGUGCCGCAACACCGGAACCAACCGGAUCAUCCGUCGAUCGGCUCUCGAUCGAGCGGGUGGUUGCUGCUGCUGCUGAUGCUCGGGAUUCGGGCACACCGGUACCAUCGAUCGUGUUCGAUGAUGGUGGUGAUGGUACUGGUCGGGCAAGCAGCAGUAGCAGCGGUGAUGAUCGACGCCGUGCCAGCGGUGGAUCGAUCAAGUUUCGACCGAUACGACGUGACGAUGAGCUGCGUCGAUCGGUUAAGCGACGGUCGGUAGCAUCGAACGCAUCGCAGGAUGAUCGUGCCGAGGAGUUGCUUCUGCUCAGCCAGCUGGAGGCCGACGAAGCGGCCCAGAUGCAGGACUAUGUGCCCCUCGUGUACGCACGCGAUGAUGAACAGCAUCACCAGCAUCUGGGAGAUCCGUUUGGGCGACGGCACAAGAUCAGCCCAAUCCAGGAGCUGUGCCAGCUGCACGAAGAUGAAGAUCACCAGCAUGAGGAUGAAUAUGAGCAGCAGCAGUGGAUUCCGGAGCGUUCACCAGAACCGACACUGGCCGGUACCAUCACACGCCCCUGGGGUGACAUUAAACCGGGCGAAUCGAAGGAGAAAGCCAUAAUCCGUCGAUCGGCACGAUCGCUCUCGAUCGAAGAGGAAGAACCGGCUCGGUUAAGCGAUCCGGAGGUGACCACGACGACGACGACGACGACGACGGUGGCGGCAACAGAACCUACCACGUUGCAACGAAGCGCAUCGCAACACACGUCCGAAGCGAUCGCACCAGCGAUGGCCGUGGACAGCGCGAUCAUCACCAGCGAGCAGCCAACAUUGCGGCGCACGACCAAGGAAAGCGAUCUGGCCAGUCUGUUGACGGUGGAGGAUCAUGGCAGUAAGGCAAGUACGGCAUCCGCCACCAGUGGCUGCAGUGCCAGUAAUACUAAUACCUGGACCACCGAAAUCACCAUCCAAACCGAGGAGUCCGAAGACUCCGAAGAACUCCUUCCCUCCUCAAGCACCCGCACCACCCACUUUAUGCAGUCCAAGUCUCCCUCGCCGUACGUGGAGGAGGAUGAGCAGGACGAGAUGGAGAUGGAAGCACUCCAACAGCAGCAGCAGCAUCACCACCAUCACUAUCACCACCAUGACCACCACGAUCACCAUUCAGUGGCGCAUGAUCGUGACAGGACAGUCGAUCGUCGCCUCACAGACAUUUCCAAUCGGUUGGUUCCCCUCGUACCCCGACAUCAUCACCUUCCUUCACCACCCUCUCCCGUCGUCGAUCGUCCUCGUUCACCCACACCGUACGAUCAGGAGGAACUGAUGGGUGUGGCCAGCAGGUACCGCUCGCGAUCAUCUUCCUCUACCACCACCUCGUCGUCCUCGGCCGUUUCCCAACCCCCUCUCACUGCACACCGCUCCCGGACCCGGUCCCGCACCCGGUCCCGGUCCCGGUCCCGGUCCCGAUCCGUCCUCUCGAAUGGUGGUUCCGUUUUGCAACCCGAGGAUCGGAACAUCUCACCAUCGCCAUCACCAUCACCAUUGGUGCUACUGAUGCAGCCAUCGGAGGAUUCUAUCGCUCCGCCGUCGAUCGCGAUCACGCGACAAACCACCACCGAACCGAACGACACCGGCAUCGAGGGUGAUACGGAGGAGUGUGAUGACGAUCCGGAACGAUCUUCCCGUUCGCUGCGUUUGCUGCAUCCAUCGCGUUCGCCGAGCGGUGGCGGUGGUGGUAGCUGCAGUCCCUCACCACAGAACGGUUCACCGGCAUCGAGGCGCCGGCACAAGGAACGGAAACGCUUCACGCGAAGCCUCACACCGAUCGAUUUCGAUCAAACGUUUAUGGAUAGCUUCACCGAGCAGCACCUGUCGGUGUCACCGUCCGAGCUCGAAGACUACAUCAACAGCAUGGAGGAGAUCAGCUUCGUGCCACCGAAGCUGGAGUGUCCGGCGUACCUCUACCCGUCGAUCCAUUCCCCCGAGACGAUCCCGAGUUUGGUGCUGACCGAUGAGAAGGGUGCCGAUGCACUGUUCCACGAUGAACUCUCGACGAUGGCGUUCUACGGCGAGCAAGGACUGGCCGCCGGUGGUCGCCGAACGCCGAACCAUCGCGUAAAUUACGUCGAGUGGAUCCGGAAGUUCCCGGAAAACCAAACCAGUCACCUUUCGCUCGAUGAUUACGAUAGUGAUGAUGAGGAGGUCGAAGCGAUCAUACGUCUAGCGUCGACGAUGGCGGAGGAGAAACCGGCAGCAACACCAACCGGUGGUCCGGUGUUUCCUGUUGGAUUGGCUGAUUCCACGGGAGUGUCACCGCUACCACCACCACCGAUCAUCGUACCUCUGAUCAGUCCGGAACCACAGCCUGCGAGCGAAGAGCGAAAGGAAUUUCCGGUGAAUGUACCGGCACUCUACGCAACACCAUCACCGACAGCCUCGGGACCACUGACGGAUCUUUCGGACCUUUCCUCGAAUGUUUCUCCUCUGUCCCUUCCUCUGACACCAUCACCACCACCACCGGCAAUAACAACAGUAAACGAUAGCCACUUUACACCGAUACCCUCACCGAUAACACUGUCCAUCGAUGGUGUUGGUGGUGAUGAUGAUGAUGCUCCUGCUGCUGCUGCUGCUGGUGCUGCUGCUGCUAAUAGUCCUAGUCGUUCGCCUGUUCCACUACGAGUGAACCUUGGCGUUCCUGCGCCUGUGCGAAUGGUAUCCCGUUCACCGACCGCUUCGCCUGUAUCGGUGGACAUUACAGCCGAAGAGCUGGAACUGUUUGAUAUUGGCCAUCUCGAUGGUUUGAUCUUCGAGGCGAAAAGCCGGGAACCAUCGCCAGCGCCGGCGACGCCGGCACCACUUCUGAGUCCUGACGAGCUGGCGUUCGAUAUUGGCAACAUGGGCGGCCUGAUCCUGGGGCCUCCCAGUCGCAGCAGCUCACCGCUUCCACCAUCACCAUCGUCAUCGCUGGACACACACGACACACACGAACAAAGAAUGUCUCGGACGGACAUACCGGACAACGAACAUAAUAACCGGGAGUAACACAAUCGCCUCGCUUAAGAUCCCGUACACGACUUUUUAUUGUUUAUUUAUUUAUUUGUUUUUGUGGCGAUAAAACUGUGAUUUGGAAUUCGAAAUAAACGCCAUUUUAGAGGCCAAAUACACACAAACACAA